AUGGUGAUCACUGUGGUGUACUUGGUUCUGGCAGUGACCACCGCAAAGUUUUCUGCGGCUCCUGCCUCACAAGCGUCUCUCCUGAUUCCCGGUCUUGGCGUCAGUUCGGACAUGGGCGUGACACAGGAAGAAGUACAGCACGUCAUGGACACAAUAGGACAAGAGCUCUCUCAGGGGAGCACACUGGUCCUUGCCAGGGACAGGCCGCUGCCUGAGGAGAUGCUGAUGACAUCUAGCGGCAGGCGGCAGUCCUCCGCUGGCGCUCCAGCCCAUGAGCUGGAGGAUGCACUCAUUGUGAGAGAGGUCGAUCUCACCGGCUGCAGUGUGCACAUUCUCACUGAGGGCUUGAGAGGCAAGUCCCGCUGGCUGCGCAAGAGCCCCCUGGAGAUCAAGCAUCCUGAUCGUGACAUCUUUGAGGGCCAGCGGGAGGUGCUGCUCUUUGCAGCAGGCAGCGCAGCCAAGGAGCAGUGGUUCAUUGCGCUGUCAAGUGCCUGCAAGACUGAUGGCGGCAGCGGCGCUGCCAUCAGCGCCCUAUACUCGUCCUUCUGUGACUAUAGCCGAGCUUCUGCCUCAGUGGAGUACCCUCAGGUGGAUGACGAUAGUUCUGAGGCAAACCCACAGAAUGAUGAACACGGUAACGCCGAGCAGAAGCACCCGAGACGCUGGUUGUCGCGCUGGCUGCACAGAAGGGAGCACGGCAAGCAGAAGUCACCCGCACCUCCCAGACCCCCCUCUGCCAAGAGAACAAGCAAGAAGGACGAGCACCAGGGGUCAAAGGCAUCAGACGGCAAGCCUGCAGUGCUGAAUCCCACGGAGUGCAUGGACCAGCUGUGGAUGGGCAAGGGUGGGAGUCCCUCCCCAGACAAGCGCAAGAGCCAGGUCUUGGAUGGCUCCACAAGCUUGCCCGGCCAGCCUGUCACAGAGAAAGAGGGCCGAAGUGCCAGCGCUCCGCUGCCCGCAAUUGCUGCGCCGGACAGGGAGCUGCAGGACAUGUCCAGAGCUGACAAGCCACAGAAAGGUCCUGCUGCAGCACCGGCGGCAGCCAGGCACCCCACAGUGUCCGAGGAGAGCAGCAGCCACACAGAGGGAGGAGCACAAUUGGCCCAGCAGGAGGAUGAUGGGUACCUGAGUGAUGACAGGAGCUUCCCUGGAAGCCCCUCCACUCCGGCACACGUGCCCUCCAGGGACAUGCGAGGGCAUGCGACCGACAGGUCAGCGGCAAGAAGAGGCAGGGCGAGCCAGCGGAGGGAGGCUGCUGCUUCGCUGCCAUCUGUGCCGAUGGAAGCUGGCGUGAACCUGCUCCUGGCGCGCAUUGGCUUUGACCUGCUGCGCAGCAGCUCUGUGAAAGAGCACUUGCAGGCCCACAUCCAGCGCAAGUUGAACCUCCUGCGCGUGCCUGAGUACAUCAGCAGCCUCGAGGUAGUGGAUGUGGACAUGGGGUGCUCUGUGCCCACCAUCAGCAAUCUCAAGGCGCUCCCAUCGCCAUCCUCGAACCUGUGGCCCCAGUUCCUCUUCGACAUAAACUACCCUGGCGGUCUAGUGGUGAUAGUGGACGCCAAGCUGGAGCUGCGGGACCACUCUUCCUGGGACACGCUGGACCGGGCCAUCAAGCGCGUGGGCGGCGUCGCUGCAGCAGCCGUCGAGGGCAACGGCAAAGGGGUGCCGGCUGCUGCCGCCCACGCGCCCGACGCCCUGUCACCCAGGGACAGCGAUGACGAGGACUCCACAGCUCCUGGCGAUGAGCCAGCACACAGCAGGCGGCAGGGCCGGCUGCAGCGACUGCGCGACAUGGCUGCCAAGGGCAUCCGCAACCUGGCAGAAAUCACCGCAGAGCACAUCUCAAAGAUGCACCUGCGGGUACGCGUGGAGAUACACUCUCUCCAGGGGACGGUGUGCGCCUGGGUGCCGCCGCCGCCGAACGACCGGCUGUGGUUUGGCUUUGUCACGCCCCCAGAACUGAAGGCUGAAGCGUCCCCCAUCCUCAACGACGAUGUGAGGGGCCGCAUGCUGAUGUACUCGUACCAGAUCACCAACGUGCCGCGCUGGGUGGCGGCCAAGCUGCAGAGCGCCAUCACCAAGAACAUGACGCUGCCCUCCUGCGCCGACAUCCCCCUGCCCCACCUGCUGCCCAUCGACCACCCCGCCAUCGCGCAUGCCCUGCCCGCCUUCCUGGCCGCCCUGCGCCAAGAGGAGGGAGUGGAAGCGAUGCCAGAAGAGAGGAGCACUGCCGAGCGCGCGCACAGCCUGGAAGCCCCAAAGCCCGCAAGCACGCUCCCGCCUGCCUCGAAGGAGGAACGCAAGCCCCUGAGGCCGAUGAUUCACUGGCCACGGCGCAGCAGCAGGAAGCCCAAGGUGGCAGCUGAGAAGGCGCCAGAGGAAGCUGCUCCUGCAGCUGCCGCCGCAGCUUCUCCCUCUGCAUUGAAGAAUAGGAGGGCCUCGCGCGAAGAGCAGCCCCCACACGACAUGGAGCUGAGCACAUUUCUGACCUCUGAGGAGAAGGCUGAGCAGGGAGAGGAGCUGCGCACCCUGGCCGUCACCCACAGCCGCACUGAGGCUGCGGGUGGUGCGGAGGCGUCGGAUCCGCUCGGUGCGACAGCCAGCACGUCGCUGAUCGUGCAUGACGGCAGUGGCAGCCUCGCCGUGACCGCUGUUACCGGAGCCGGUGGGGAGGUUGCCGGUAGAGUGGACACAGCUGGCGAAGCCGAGGCCGUUCAGUCCUCAAGGAGCUUCUCCUCCAAGGAGCCGCCUGUGCAAGACCUCUCGCUGCUGCUGCCUCCACUGCCGGCAGUAGCGGUCCGGCCGAGCGCAGCUUCUCUUGGCGGCGGCAGCAGCGGGGCAGGCAGCAGCGCCGGAAGCACAGCUGGCGAGCCGGCCUCUGUGGCUAAACCUGACACAGGAAUCCCAUUGCUGGAGAGUGCAGCCAAGCAGGAAGCGCAGCCUGGGAGCUCUGCAGAGGCGCAGGCUGCAGGGCCCAGUUCGGGCAGAGAAGGAGCUGGCGGGAGUGUAAGGUUGGCGGCAGACCUGGCAGGAUCCGUCAGCGAUGAGUCACUGGACGGCCAGGAGCUGCUGCCAGCGCCUGGCUUGCAUGCAAAGGGAACGCCUGCUGCCGAAGAUGAGGUCCUGGGCUCCUCGCCGGACAGCUCGAGCAGGGGCGGCUGUGGCAGGUCGGCGUCGCUGGGCGGGGGGGGCUGGUCCCCCCAGGCCGACAGGGAGGGGUCCCCCGGUGGCAACCGCGGGGCCGGCCAGUGGCGCGAGCUCGGCGGCUCCGUGAGAAAGAAGUACUACGAUAAAUACUACAAUCAGGCACAGUCACUGGGAAUGCAGGGCAAGAAGACAUUUUCGUCACUGAAGGAGCAAGCCCAGGAGCAGAUGCGCAAGGCGUUGGCCGCUCGAGAAAAGGCAUCAAAGGAAGAGAAGAGGAACUAA